UUUCUUAGCUUCUCUUCACUGUCAAGCAAUUCUCAUUCCUAACCCUAGCUAUAGUAGUAAAAUUAUAAGAAGUUUAGCACCACUUGCUAGCUUCACAGCCAAACGCUCCUUUAGUUUCUCUCUCUCUCUCUAUACGUAAAGUUGCAUAAAAACCCUAACCUUGUCUUGUCUGAUCUACCUUCCCCAAGUCCCAACCAAGCAAGCAAGUUAAUUAUAUAUAUACAACUAAUAUAAUGACAAUGAUGAUGAUGAUGAUGAAGAGAAGUCGAAUGGAGGUGGCCGCGGACGCGGAGGUGCUCGCCAUGGCGAACUGCCUCGAUCUUCUCUCCCGCCCCAGAGCCGCCGAUACAACGGCUGCUCCGUCGGAGUGGGAGUUCGGGUGCAAGACCUGCAAGAAGCGGUUCCGGUCAUUUCAGGCUCUCGGGGGCCACAUGGCGAGCCACAAGAGGAUCAGGACCGUCAAAAAGGACGAGGGCAAGAAGAUCAGGCAUGAGUGUCCUGUUUGUGGUUUGGUGUUUGGCUUAGGUCAAGCUUUGGGAGGUCACAUGAGGAAACAUCGUGCCGAUAAGGUAGAGGUCAAUGGUACAAUCAAAUCCCAAGAGGAAAACAUGGAUGGAAGCAAUAAUUAUAAGAAGGGUAAGGAAGAUCAAGUCCUUUUGUGCGAUUUGAAUGUGAUUCCUCAGAAUAGUAGUGAUUUUCCUGACCUAGCUGGGGAUAUUUCCGACGUAGUAGAUAUCAACUACGUCGGAAAUACUGAUCAGAAAACUAAGAGGGAAGAAGAAGAGGAGUUGAUGGAUGGAGGUGAUAGUAAAAAGGACAAGGAAGAUCAAGUCAUUUUGUUCGACUUGAAUAUGAUUCCUCAUAGUGAUGAUUCCUUGGCACAUGAGAGGGCUGAUUUUCCUAGGGCUGCGUUGAAUUUGUUCAUGUAGUUCAUGAUUGGCUGUAAAUUAUUUCUAGCUUAAUUUAUUUAUAGAAAUGUAGGUUUAUCAUGAUCAUAGCCACUCUAUAUAAUACGGUAACAUUCCAACUUGCAUAUUUGGUUAAUUAAUUAUACUCCAUAUACUAUCGUAUAUACAUACUUCAUACUUAGAU